AGGGUCGGUCUUUUCAUUUUACGGCGAAUUCGUCAUGGGGAAUAAGAAGGUUAAGAAAAAUCACUGCUCUCGCCAGAAGUGGCUGGAUGGUGGAGUUGCUCGGUUCAGCCGAUCACAGAUGUACCGUAGAACCGCCAUGUACAAGAGAAAAAGGGUGGUCGCUAAGAAAGAAGUGAAGAGACCAGCAGCUAUGGUGGAGAAGCAGAUCAAUGGCGAGAAGAAUGGAGGAAAGCGUGAAGUCCGUGCAAACCGUCUGCCCCGAUAUUACCCCACUGAAGACCUUCCAAGGAAAUUCAGAUCCCGCAAAAAGCCUUUCUUUCAACACAAGCACAAAAUCCGUGCCUCAAUCACUCCUGGUACUGUUCUGAUUCUUGUUGCUGGCAGAUACAAGGGAAAGAGAGUUGUUUUCUUGAAGCAAUUGUCCUCCGGUCUCCUCCUUAUCACAGGUCCGAUGCAAUUGAAUGGUUGCCCUCUAAGACGCAUCAAUCAGAAGUAUGUGAUUGCCACCAAGACAAAGCUUGACAUCAGCAGCGUCAAGGUUCCAGAAAGACUCAAUGAUCAAUACUUCAGACGACAGAAAUUAAAGAAACCAAAGCAUCAAGAAGGAGAGAUCUUUGAAAGUGAAGAACAGAAAUACACUGUGUCGGAUGAACGCAAGGAGGAUCAGCGUGAUGUUGACGGCCAGCUGAUGACAAUCAUCAAAGAUGUUGUGGACUUGAAGCCUUACAUGUCAAUGCCAUUCUAUCUUAGCAACAAGCAAUACCCUCACAAGAUGGUCUUCUAAAACUCCCAUACAAAAAUUUGUGACUUUGUGAAUAUAAUGAGUGACAGGUCAAGUCACUGAAAUAUUAAAGAAGAAAAACAAUGAACAAGGA